AUCCAGCGAGUCUCAUUCACAGGUGAUAUCUAUUAGCUUACCUCAUAUGCUGUCAGGUGUCGCGUUUGUGAACCAUCACGCUGUUUCCUUCCUGCGGGAGACAGCCUAUUUUUUUGUCGCGGUUUGGGCAAGCUGCAGUCCGCUUUGCAGAUGCCAUGUUUGAGCAGUGAGCAUGGCGGAAAAUCUACUGGAGUACGGCUACCUAGAGGGCGAGGUUAUCGGAGAACAUUUCGCCGAGGACCCGGAGCUGGCGGCCAUCAAGGCCAGAGUUCAGGAGCUGGAGAUGGAAGAAGAGACCGACAGACAGGAGGAGGAGAGGUGUGAUGCUGUAGACAUGCAGCUUCUGACCAGCAGCUCUCUGCCUGGACCUUUCUACAAUAUGACUCCCGAGGAGAGGAUAGACGCAGACAACAGAUCAGUCUAUGUAGGAAAUGUAGACUAUGGCGCUACUGCAGAUGAGUUGGAGAUCCAUUUCAACGGCUGUGGUCCUGUCAACCGGGUUACGAUCCUGUGCGACAGGUUCUCCGGCCAUCCCAAGGGCUUUGCUUACAUUGAGUUCUCUGAUAGAGACUCUGUGCAGAGUGCUAUUGGUUUGCAUGAGACCUUGUUCAGAGGAAGAGUCCUUAAGGUCAUGCCUAAGAGGACCAACAUGCCAGGCAUCAGUACCACAGACCGGGGAGGACACCGAGGCGGCCACACCAGAGGCAGAGGCCGUGGUUACCGUCCACCUCGAUACCAAAACAGUUCUCGAGGUAGGUUCCGGUACCAGUUGACAAGGCCACAACAUCAAACGCCGCACCCUUACUACGGAGGCCCCCCAGUGGGGAAGAGACCGUGGGGACACAUGGACUUCCAAGAACAGAUGCCUAAACGUUACCCAUGUCUUCUUCUCAUCACCCCACCAUCGGAGGAGUUGGGGGCAGGGUCAAGCGGACAGCACUACCCUCAACAGCGCUAGCACUACCCACAGCAUAAAUACUAAAGUGGGUGAAUAGAACUGAUCAUUUUAAAAGAAUUUUUUUUUCCAGGCAUUACUGAGUUGAGUAUUAUGAGAGAGCCAGAAUGGACAGAAGAGAUACCUUUUCUAAGUUGCAUCCCUGCAUCAGUGCUUCAAGAGAUGUGAAGACUGUGGCCAGAGGGGUUGCAUUAUAAGCUUAUGUUGCUGUGAAUGCAUGGGACAAUCCUCAAAUUGGUAUGUAGUUGCAUCUCCUCCUGUUUUUACAAACUGAUGCAACUGUAUUGUGUUGCUGCCUGCAAUGUCAAUGUAUAAAUCCUCCCUAUGUAUAACUUGCUAUGUAAGUGAAUAAAUAAAACUAUGAUCCAGUUA